GUGUUGCCCAUGCUUGCACGCAGCGUUAGGCAUUUUCCUGCUGCCGCUGCCAAGCGUUAGUACAUUUUGAUGGAGGCGAAACUAAAAUCAAAACAACAUAAAAUAAUAAGUGUUUGAAUGAACUAUUCUCAAAUGGCAGAAGUGGAAUAUGAAAGGGCCGAAAACUUGGGUUUGCCCCCACAACUCUAUGAUGAGGAACUGGACCUGAACCGAACCGGAGAACUGGACUCCGAGGCACUGCAUCUGAGCAGCCAGCAACACCAAGGCGGAUCUCCGUCCUUCAUCUGCAGACGCUGUCCAGCGCUAUUCCUGAGCAGGGAGGAGCUGGCCGCCCAUCGUCCCACCCACAGACUCAAGAGUGGCCAGCGGAAGACCGCGUCGGAGCAUGUCUGCGAGGCCUGCGGAAGGGUCUUCCAAAAGCACAACGCCCUUGUGGAGCACAUGAAUGCCCACAACAAUGUGCGCAACUAUCCGUGUCCAGAGUGUCCAGCGCGCUUUGUGCAGCGCAGCAAUAGGGAGUGCCACCUGCGGAACGUCCAUCGGAAGGUGUACCUGCACGCCUGUCCAGAACCGGAAUGCGGAAAACGCUUUCAGCAGCGGCGGGAGCGGGAUCAGCAUGUGAAGACGGUCCACCAGAAGGAGCGAAAUCUCGUUUGCGACACCUGCAGUGCCCGCUUUAGCCAUCCCGUGAAUUAUAGGAAGCACUUGGCGUCCCAUGGCUCCCAGAAGAGCUAUGGCUGCCCGAUUUGUGGCAAGCUCUUCGGACGGCCCGAAAACCGGGAUGUCCAUCUCUUCGUCCAUAGUAUUUGUAAGGCCUAUGUAUGCUCCGUCUGUGGAGCAGAUUAUAUGCGCCGCAAUCAGUUGAUCCGCCAUGGCUUGGCCAGUGGCCACCAAAACGAUCCGAUUGUCCGCCAAAAGCCCCAGUUUAGUCCCGCACUUGCUGCGAAGCAUCGAAGCCAGAGAAGCGCUAUUCUGGAGAACGUGGACGAGUCCCAGGGCGAGGAGCUCCAAUGGCUGGAAGGGGAGGAUGACUACGACAGGCCAGGAUGCCUCGAGGCAUCCUCCUCACAGGAGGAGCGGCUAACGGGGACCAGCAAUAUGACUGCCAUCAUCACAGAGGACGAAAACGAAAGGGAGUUAUUCGAUUGAAUAUCACCAAUUUCGCUGCUUAGUCAACCUACUGUACUUACAUACAGGUGUCUAUGAUCAGGUUAGUUCGAAUUGAAUAUUUGGGCGUACGUAGUUUAAGCAUAUGGGUAAGAGUAAGGAAAUACUGUAAAAACAUCUAUUUAGGCAGAGAAAAUCCACGAAUGCAAUUGUAAAUAUGAAAACGUAAACAUUAAGGCAUAAUAAUUAGCGAUAUUUACGCUUAGACUAUUACAAUCAAAUCUAUGCUGCAUUGCAUAUUGAUUAGGCGCUUGUACUGAACUGAAAAGGUUGAAAACUGAAUGAUUGGAUUUACGGCUUAGGCAGAAAACGCCAUAAAUUAAUGAUAACAUGCAAAAAUGAUUACCGCAUGCAAAACAUGAAGCGGUGACGUCGGUCAAAAAAUAACAAGAAAACAAAGAAAUGAAUGAAAAGUGAAUGUCGCUGCUGCUCUUGCACUUUAAUAAAAAAUGUGAA